AUGUUAGAUGAAGUGCAAAGGGUAAAUAAAAAUUUUGAAAGCAACGACCGAGACCCGACUAAACUGCUGAAUGAUUUGGUUGAACUGGUUGAAUCAGUCGCCAGAAGAAUCAUAUUGCCAACAGCGCGAAUUGAUGUGUUGACAGCUACAAAUCUUGAAAGCUAUCUAGACCCAUCUCCAUACAUGGGCUAUGGUUUCGAACUGAAGCUGACUGAAUAUGAACUUUUACCUGAAGCCGAACGUAAUCUGCGGCACCGCUGUAAGCAGUUUACACUUAAACUUGUACAAGAAAUGCGAUCAAGGUUGCCAACAAAUGUAAAGAUAUUACGAACAAUGAAUAUGAUUUCUGUACAAGAAACUUUAAAAGCUACAAAACCACCAAUAAUAGAACUCGCACAAGAAUUCGGCUGCCAGGCCAAUGAAAUUGAACGUAUAGUUAUACAGUGGAGAAAUAUUCAACAUACAGACUGGGAAAAUAAAUGUUCAACUGUCGAAUUUUGGUCGGAGGUUCAUAAAUACAAAGACUCGGCGGAUAAUAAUCCAUUUUCGGAGUUAGCUUCUUUGGCCAUAUCUAUUCUUUCUUAG